CCCUCUAUGAAAAAAACCCCAGUCGUGCCUUAUCCUUCCUUAUCAUUCCCCCUUCAUGGCCUUAUGGACGUAUGAAAAACCAUUUUACUUUGGAAAAAACCUAAAUUGAAAUAAAUCUUGUGAAUACUUAAAAGUAUAUUUUCUUUGAAUUAAAAAUGAAUGUACCUCCUCCGAAACCUCCAAAACCAGGGCAAGUGAAAGUCGUUAAAGCAUUAUACGCCUAUACGGCACAGCAUCCUGAUGAACUGUCAUUUGAAGAAGGAGAGUUGUUAUAUGUCAUGGAAUCCUCCUCAGACCCUAACUGGCUAAAGGCUAAGUGUGGUACCUGUACUGGAUUAAUUCCCUGCAAUUAUGUUGAAGAAAAUGCUGAGUUGAUAACAAUGCCCCUUCAUGAUGCAUGUCGGCGUGGGAAUGUCUUAUUUUUAGAAGAGGCAAUUCUCAAUGGAGUGUCUGUGAAUCAACUCGAUAAAGCAGGUAAUACAGCCUUGUUCUGGGCAGCCCAUGGAGGACAUAUUUCUUGCAUGCAACUAUUACUGCAAUCAGAAAAAAUUGAUUUAAAUGCUCAAAAUAAAUUAGGAGACACUGCACUUCAUGCUGCUGCUUGGAAAGGUAGAAUUGAAGCUGUUAGUUUGCUACUUUCAAGUGGAGCAAAAACAAACAUUUUAAAUUGUGAAGGGAACAAAGCCUUAGCUCUUUCCAGGGAUCCUGAGAUUAUCAAUAUGAUAGCCAAGCAUGAUGAUAGCCUUAUAUCAAACAAUGUUAGUGAAUACUUUGGUAAUGCUGAGGAAUUGGAUUCUGACUGAUAAAUUAUUAUGUCUUAAUGGAAUCAGUUCUUUCUUGAAAAGCAGGCUGAAGUUAACAAACUAAAUUUUCAUGAAAUAUCUUUUACAUUUACUUCUUUCAAUGUGUGCUGUAUUUUCAAAUUGAUUUGUUUAUUUUUUAUUCACAUAUAGGAAUGUUAUUUGUUUUACAACUUGUAAAAUGUUCAUAUUGUUGUGAAUCAUUGUUUUUAGUUUCGGUGAUAAAUACAUUCAGUAAAAAAUAAAA